AUGACACUUACGGAACGACCUAUCUUGUCUUCACAGUAUAAGUCGGACUAUGACCUGCUUGAAAAAGCCUCUACAUCCGCAGGUCCAUCGCGUGCUACAAGGAGGGCUCAUAUCGCGCGUGUUCAAAACCUCACUACACCCCUUUUACCUUCCGCGACUACUCGAGUGCACACUGAACCCGAAUUGCCCCUCUCCGCUAAAUCAAAAGGGAAACAGAAAGCGGUCGAGCCCGUCAAUGAUACUGUGCCUAUUGAAUCAGUUACGCCGAAUAAGCAUGGGAAAACGAAAUCUAUAUCUCAGCCUCCGAAACUCAGACCUUUGCCCUUGAUUUUGCCUGUGGAUGGCGAGCUUUCUAUCUCCGUGGGGCCUGUACGUGGCAAGAAGAGGAAUAUUGCUGUUGCUUCCCCCACGGGUUCACCCGCUGCUCCCCCUUCUGCAAAAAAGAAGCGGAAAUUCCAGGAGGGACUAGCACCGGAAGUAGUAGAGACUCCUGAUGUCUUGGGGCACAAGUCAACUUUGCCAAAUGAUAUAUUGUCGGAACCCUCCCAGAUCUCUGCUCGCCAUGAACCACCACGUCCACAACUUAAUAUCAGACGCGUCAAGCUAAUAGUGCGACCUCCACCCCCAUUGUACUCCAAUCCCCGCCAACAAGCUCCCCGUCCUCAUUUCCGUUCAUCACUUUCCAAAUUUCUGGAUUCGUAUAUCUCCAUUAACGACUCAGAUCUACGCGAGGACGAUCUAAAUCUCAUGGCUCAGAAGAAGGCUACGCUACUGGACAAAAUGGAGAGCUUCAGGCAACAGGGUCGCCUCAUUGUUGACAACGCGACCUUCAAUGAGAUGUCUAAAACAAGGGGUGGCGCGAGUUUUCAGGAACCAAAGCAAGACCGUGAUGCUUGGGAUGCAGUCUUAGAAGUAAUCACUCAACGCUCGCGACGGGAGCAAGUGAAAGGUCGAGCCAUCACUGCGCAGAUAUCGAGUCGCAUUAAGGCAUAUUGGGAUCAACGCGCACAGCGGGAGGAUAAGGCAAAAAUACACGAAGAAAGACGACUUCGUGCUUUGGCGAAGGCGACUAUCAAGAUGGUCACUAGUGAAUGGAAAAAGGCUGUCUUUCACAUUCGGGAACAACAUCGACUGCAAGCGGAGGCUGAAGAAAGGCGCCGUGGUCAUGAGCAUUUGGAUGCUAUCCUCAACCGGUCUGGGCAUAUAUUGGAAACUCAGCAGGCAGAACUUGCCAGAGGUGAUACGUCUCGCAGCAGAUCGAGUAGUGUUUCUGGUCACUUUCUGGAUCCGGGAUUCGACUCUGAAGGCUCGGAAAGUUCGGAGUCUGAAGUGGAUGAAGGAGAUGCUGAUGGUAUGGAUCAGCUAUUUUCGUCACAGGCGAGCGACCGAGAUACAGAGAACGCUGAGGAAGAAGAAAGUACUAAGGAGGAGGAUGAGGAGGAGGAGGAUGAAGACGGAACUAGCGCGUCGGCAUUACUGGGGCCAUCACUCAUUCAGCUUGGAGGUGAGGAUGCUUCGAGCGCCACCUCCCAAGCAGGUGUCAAUUUAUUGGAUGCAGAGAUGAAUGAUGGAGAAGAGUCAGAAGCUGUCUUGUCUGUUGUGGCCGUGGAGCCUCCUUUGCUUCUUCCUUUCAGUCUACCGAUGUCCCAGGAGACUCCUACCGACACCGAUUCCGUCUUGCACGAGCAGACGACCGAAGACUACAGGUCUCCCCAUUUCGAGAGUUUCAACGACGCGCCUUCACCAGCCAGCACUGUCGCUGGUCUUGAAGAAGAAUCCGAAUCGAAUUUUGAUGGUGAUAAGGGGAUAAAGAUGACUGUCGCCAAAUCUGCUCCGGACACUUUGGCUUCUGGUGCUGCCGACGUUGAUAUGGGUCAAGUCACUGAAGUCGAGACCGAAGAUGAUUAUGCGGGCUUUCCAGUGGUCGAAACUCCAUCCUCUCGCCCCCCAUCCCCUUCCUCUGGUAUGAUAGUCGACGAGUCUGAGUUACUUGACGAAACAGAGGACAUUCACCAAGAAGAGGACAACAUACCAGACUACCUGAAACCGUACGCUGUCGCGCCGGUUCAUUGGAACACUGAAGACAAGGUGAAAGUUCCCGUGUUGAUUCGGGGUAUUCUCCGUCCAUAUCAACAAUCCGGUUUGGAGUGGCUUGCGAGCCUUCAUGUUAACAACCUAAACGGCAUACUUGCCGACGAAAUGGGAUUAGGGAAAACCAUACAGACAAUAUCGCUUCUUGCUCAUCUGGCCUGUGACCGUGGAAUAUGGGGCCCGCAUCUUAUUAUUGUCCCGACAAGUGUCCUCCUGAACUGGGAAAUGGAGUUCAAGAAGUUUCUGCCUGGGUUCAAAACUCUGAGUUACCACGGAUCGACGAAACGUCGCAAGGAGCUCCGCCAAGGGUGGUACAACAAGCACCACUUCAAUGUCUGCAUCACCUCAUACACGCUCGCCAGUCGCGAUGCUCACAUAUUCAAGCGCAAAGCUUGGUAUUACAUGAUAUUGGAUGAAGCGCACAUGAUCAAAAAUUUCAAGUCCCAACGAUGGAACAUUCUCUUAAUGUUCCGCUCCUUUCGGCGUCUUCUCCUGACUGGCACCCCCCUACAAAAUAAUCUGACUGAGUUGUGGGCGCUUUUGCAAUUCCUGAUGUCUGGUACCAACUUCGCCAACCUCAAAGAAUUUGGCGAAUGGUUUUCAAAUCCUUUGGAGAAAGCGAUUGAAAUGGGCACCUUGUUGGAUGACGAAAAUAUGCAACGCGUGACCAAACUCCACACAGUUCUCCGUCCCUAUCUGCUCCGCCGUCUCAAACGUGACGUGGAGAAAGAGCUUCCGAGCAAGUACGAGCACCUUGUUCUGUGUCCCUUAUCCAAACGGCAGCGGUUUCUCUACGACGAGUUCAUGGACCGUGCACAUACCAGAGACGCAUUACAAUCUGGUGUGUACCAGAAGAUCGCAAAUAUUCUCAUGCAGCUUCGCAAAGUCUGUAAUCAUCCGGAUCUCUUUGAAGUCCGUCCGAUUGUGACAUCUUUCGCUAUGACGCGUUCCGUUGUCGCAGACUUCGAAAUCAAGGAACUACUAGUUCGGCGGGAGCUUCUCCGCGCCAGUGACGAAGACGAGCUUAAUCUUGAUCUUCUUGGCCUGCGGUUUAUAAAUCAGCAAAACGUACCUCUACUUUCCGCUUUGGAAACGCGGCGCCUUGAUGCAACGCAUCGACUCCCACUCGUCUCGGAAAUGCCUGAGGAGCCGCCACCAAUGGACACUCGCACUAUUCAAGGAUACCGUGCUUACCAUGCAUAUCAACAGCGGGUUGCACAGGCCGCUCGCUGGACACAAAUUGGUUAUCUCAAUAGCCUGCGCUGUACACAGUUGCCGGUCUACAGCCAAGAGCUGUUGACUAUCGCAAAAAAGUGUCAUCAACCAAUCCUCCCCCUUUCCGCAUUGGAUACAAGGCAUCGCUUCAUGGACAUGGCUCUGCCUCUUCAUUCGGCGGUCAAAACUUACGCAGACCGAGCUAAAGAGCUACACCCUGUAGUCGAAAGGUUCGCUUUCGUCACUCCAGCCGCAGUUGCUUUGGACCUACCUCGUUUCGCCCUGGCAGGAUGCGAGCACGCUAUAUCCCGUCAGCCAUUCGACUUCGAUAGCGUCCUGCAUCUUGCGAGCGUCAAGCUGCAGAUAGCGUUCCCAGAUCCAUCGCUUCUCCAAUAUGAUUGUGGUAAACUACAGGAACUUAGCCGCCUGCUCCGACAGAGGAAAUUGGAGGGACAUCGUGUUCUCAUCUUCACACAGAUGACAAGGAUUUUGGAUAUCCUGGAAAUUUUCCUCAACUUCCAUGGCUAUCUCUAUCUUCGCCUCGAUGGAGCCACCAAAAUCGAAGACAGGCAAUACAUCACUGAGCGGUUCAAUGCAGAUUCCAGAGUUUUUUGCUUCAUUUCUUCCUCUCGGUCGGGUGGAGUAGGUAUCAAUCUUACCGGAGCAGACACAGUCAUCUUCUAUGACAGCGACUUCAACCCCCAAAUGGAUAAACAAUGCGAGGAUCGUGCCCACCGCAUCGGUCAGAUAAGAGACGUCCACAUCUACCGAUUUAUCUCUGCGCAUACUGUUGAAGAAGCCAUGUUGUUGAAAGCUAACCAGAAACGUUCUUUGGACGAUCUCGUCAUUCAAAAGGGCGAAUUUGACUGGCGAUCCCUGUUCGAUGACCAAGGUGCCCUAUCGAAAGCGCUAGUCGAGUUCGAGGACAAGGAAGAUGUCCAUGCUGCCGCUGUAGCAGCAAGAGAAGAAGACGUCAUGGAAGGCGCUGAUCAAGCUGAUUUCGGUGCUGAGGGAGAAAUUGAUGCUCCCCUAUUACAAAGUAGUGCGGAGGAAGGUCAGCCUACUGGCAAGGAAAUGUUGGAUGUUUCCGAGAUGGACCAAGUUGCAGAGGAAGAAGACGAGGGUGGGGCAGUGUCGGACUACAUGAUUAGCUUUGUUCGGAUGGAUUACGAUUUCUUCAAAGAUUGGCGGCUAUGA